AUGAUGAUGGCCCAGCAGACCCCCAACCCUCAGCUGACCAUGGACCGCAGGGCUUACUCUGCAUCCUCCGUCGACAGCCAUCGCCGCGCAAUGUCCUACGACGCCAACAACUCCUUUGCCCAAAACGACGACGAAUCAAACUCAAUCCCCCUCCAGCCCUACGACAACACUCAAAACAACCAACAGUCCUCAGCCUCAUACGAGCCCCAGACCCAGCACCAGCUCCAACUCCAGUCCAACGCAUCCUCCUCCGUCCCUUCCUCCUCUGCUCGUCUCGGUCGCUCGCUCUCGCUCUUCCGUCGCCAAAAUCGCCUCCCCGGUCAAUACACCCAGGGCACUGUCCCCCCCAUCCCCCAGGUGCCCAUCCUCCAGCACUCUGGCAAGUCUGCCUCGCCCCUCCUCCGCCUCGACGAUCCCAUCCUCAUCCGUAUCGCCCGCAACCUCAACUUUGACCAGCUUAUGGAGUUCUCUCACCUCUCCCGACGCUGUCGUGCCAUCACCGCUAAGACUUUAACGCUAAUCCUCCAGCGCACCGUCCUCAAGGCCACCCUCUGUCAGGAACGCAAGGCCGUCUUCUCGCUCGAGUUCAUCUUCCAGCACCUCGACCCGGCCUCACUCCAGGCCGUCUUCAGAGCGUCCCAACUCAAAUCCAGACGCUACUUUGAAAACACGGCCUUGGCCCGCCCUGUCGUUCAAGCCUUGACGCUUGUUACUCCCCACGGAUCCCACCACCCCAUCUUCAGACUCGGCGGCUUCGAACCUCCUCGCGACGGCGUCGAUUCCAUGACCGAUCGAGACCUCGAGCGGGCAACGACCCUCCUUGGACGUCCCUUUGAACUCGACAUCAAGGAGAAGGGCUACUAUCGCGUUUCCCCCACCACCUCGGCCAUGGUCGACACCCCCUUCUUCCCCUCUCAACCCCUUCUGGACCCUCUGGUCCCUAUUGUCAUGGAGGGAGCCACUCACGGGCCCCCUUCGUGGGAGAUGAUGUACAAAGUCGACCUCCUCCCACCCAACUAUCCCCAACGAGUUCAGCAACAGCAGGAAAAGAUCUACCAGGAGCAGGUCCGGCAAGCUGCCUUGACUGGACAGCAACCCCCUCCACCCCCUGCCUCCUCAACUCGCAUUGCCCAUGUUGCUUCAGCCCAAUCCCCUACGACGGUAGGCUUUGUGCCUCUCCCAGCCAUCAAGUCGGGACCUAACCUGCGCUCGCUCAUCCCGGAACCUUCGCCCCUCUCUGGAAACGACUCAAAGGACGGUAGCAAGCUCAAGCGCAAACCAACUGUCGUUCGACCUCCGCCUGAGGGUUGGGGUCCUCUCCCUCCCGUUGCUCCUCCACCACCAGUCCCUGCCUCGAUGACCUAUCAGCUCGGCACUCGGACAGUUCUCGACAAUGGCCACAACCACAACCACAACAACUCACACUCUCAAACCGCAGGCGGCAUCCCCAUGUCGCCCACUUCAGCAGCGGCUGCAGCACCUUCAUGUCUCGAACCCGAAUUGGCCGAGGAGACGGAACGUUUCUUGACGUUGCUGUUUAUCCAGUUCCCUAUCCAGACUUUGUUCCCAUACACAGCAACGGCACUCGGCCGGAGGGGUAGUAACAGUAACGGCAUUGGUGGGUGGAUGGCCAAGUCCAAGCUUGGGCGGUCCUUGACUCAAAAGAAGAAGCCUAGCGUUGACUACCGGAGGAGUACCGCCACUUCCAGUUAUUCACCGUUGGAGCAAUAG